AUGGUUAAUUCACUAUUGGCUCUUUGUGUUAUCUUUUGCCUAACAUUUGCGACAUCUGAUGCCAAAUGUGGGCAAUUACUUGGAAACGGAGUCACCAAAACUGAUGAAAAUGUAAUUGUUAAUACACACAAUCACUUGCGUUCUUUAAUUUCUCAAGGAAAAAUAAGUGGGCAACCAAAAGCAAAAAACCUUAAAACUUUGAAAUGGGAUUCUAAACUAGCAAAGGAAGCACAAAAAAUUGCCAACACAUGUGAAUUUGAACAUGUAAAAGUACUUGACGAUCGAUUUCUGGUUGGGCAAAAUUUAAUGUGGACGAGCUCAACACAAGCAACUAAUAAGACGGAAUGGGCAUAUGCUAUCCAGUCAUGGUUUAGCGAACACAAAAAUUUCAUUUACCCAAAUAAAAAACGUGGAGUCACAGGGCAUUAUACUCAGGUUGUUUGGGCGGAUACAUAUCUUGUUGGUUGCGGAUUUGCGUGGUAUAUUCAAAACGUUGGAGAGAAAAACUAUGAAAAGCUGUACGUCUGCAAUUAUGGCCCUGCAGGUAACUUCGUCGGAGAGCCCCCAUACAAGAUCUGA